GGGUCCACUUGAUCAAUGCAAAGAAAGGUAACUCUGAGGUUGAAAAUGGACUUUGACUCUUUUAUCGUGGAGGGGCUGAAAACAACAACCAUGGCGGCUAUGAUACGCUGUCUGCUCAGAACAAGUCAAACUUCUGUAAAAUUCGUAGUCAGAAAAGAGAGCCUUCAGAAUGCAAGGUCCUUAUCUAGUUUGGCAGAUCUUCCAGAGACACAUAAGAUGUUACAAAAAAGCUGUAGGGAUUUUGUGGACAAUGAGCUAAUCCCUAUCGCUGGAAAGUUGGACAAAGAGCACACUUACCCAAAAGAUGUGAUAAAAAAGAUGGGUGAGCUUGGUUUGAUGUCGGUUGAUGUGCCCAGCGAGGAGGGGGGAACAGGCCUGGAUUACCUUGCCUACGCUAUUGCCAUGGAAGAGAUCAGCAGGGGCUGUGCCUCCACAGGCUGUAUCAUGAGUGUCAACAAUUCCCUCUACUUAGGACCAAUCAAUAAAUGGGCUACCCCAGCACAGAAAGAAGUCUUCCAGGAGCCAUAUUUACAUGGAGACAGAGUCGGAUGCUUUGCUCUCAGUGAACCAGGAAAUGGAAGUGACGCUGGGGCUGCCUCCACAGUGGCUACCCUAGAUGGAGAUUCUUGGAUUCUGAACGGAACCAAGUCCUGGAUCACCAAUGGCUACGAAUCUGAGGCUACAGUAGUCUUUGCCACCACAGACAAAAGCCAGAAACACAAGGGAAUCAGUGCAUUUCUAGUACCUAAGCCCAUCGCUGGCCUGUCUCUAGGAAAGAAGGAGGAUAAGCUUGGGAUUAAGGCCACCUCCACCUGUAAUCUAAUCUUUGAGGACUGCAGAAUCCCCAGGGAAAAUCUGCUGGGAGAGCCUGGAUUUGGAUUUAAAAUCGCCAUGCAAACUCUUGAUGCUGGCAGAAUUGGAAUUGCAGGACAGGCUUUAGGAAUAGCUCAGGCUUCAUUUGAGUGUGCCAUAGAGUAUGCUCAGAAAAGGAUGGCUUUUGGAAGCCCUAUCUCAAAGAUGCAAACAGUUCAAUCCAAGCUAGCGGACAUGGAGCUAAGAACUGAGAGUGCCAGACUACUGACCUACAAAGCAGCUCUCCUAAAAGAUGCCGGAAAACCAUACACUAAAGAAGCAGCUAUGGCAAAGCUGGCAGCCUCUGAGGCAGCAACCUUUUGUAGUCACCAGGCCAUCCAGAUUUUAGGAGGUAUGGGAUAUGUUACGGACAUGCCAGCGGAGAGACACUACCGAGAUGCCAGGAUAACAGAAAUCUACGAAGGAACUAGCGAAAUUCAGAGACUUGUGAUAGCAGGAAACCUUCUGAAGGAGUAUCAUGCCAGUUAGCCAAUCAGUGGGGGACUAGUGAAGGGACCUAUUCUGUCUAGUGACAGAGAAAUUGUGAUACAUUGUAAAUAUAAUAUAACAUACAAAGUAUGAUUAUAAGGCAUUGAGAAUCUUUACAAAUUAUAUCUCAGUUGGAAUUCCUGGC